AUGGUAUCUCAUACCACCGUGACUCUGGAGAAGGUGCUGGGCAUCACGGUCUCUGGAAGCAGUGGUCUUGCAUGUGACUCAAAGACUGGACUUGUAGCCUACCCGUCUGGGUGUGUGGUUGUACUCUUUAAUCCCAAGAAGAACAAGCAGCACCAUAUACUAAAUGGAUCAAGGAAAACCAUCACAGCACUGGCCUUUUCUCCAGAUGGCAAAUACCUGGUCACGGGUGAGAGUGGGCACAUGCCUGCAGUUCGAAUCUGGGAUGCCAAUGAAAGAACGCAGGUCGCAGAGCUCCAAGAACACAAGUACGGGGUGGCAUGCGUGGCAUUCUCGCCCAACGCCAAGUACAUCGUCUCCGUCGGAUACCAGCAUGAUAUGAUCGUCAAUGUUUGGGCUUGGAAGAAAAAUGUUGUCGUGGCAGCCAAUAAGGUCUCGAGCAAGGUGACAGCUGUGUCGUUCUCUGAGGAUAGCAGCUACUUUGUCACUGCUGGUAACAGACAUGUCAAGUUCUGGUACCUGGAUGCGUCCAAAGCUUCUAAGGUCAACGCCACAGUGCCUCUCCUGGGCCGCUCAGGCCUGUUGGGCGAGCUGCGCAACAACUUCUUCAGCGAUGUGGCAUGUGGGCGCAGCAGGAAGGCCGACAGUACGUUCUGCAUCACCACCUCGGGCCUCCUCUGUGAGUUCAGCGACAAGAGGCUCCUGGACAAGUGGGUGGAGCUGCGGAACGCAGACAGUACAACAACCACAAUGGCCAACUGCUUGUCGGUCAGUGAGGACUUUAUCUUCUGCGGCUGUGCUGAUGGGACAGUACGACUUUUUAACCCUGCAAACCUCCACUUCAUCGCCACGAUGCCCAAACCACAUCACCUGGGCAUGGACAUCGCAGCUGCCACGGAGCCCAGCCACCUGUUCUCAACCAGAGCAGAUGCCAAGUACCCAGACACCAUUGCACUGACCUACGACCCCACGAACCGCUGGCUGUCAUGUGUGUACAAUGACCACAGCCUGUACGUGUGGGAUGUCAAGGACUUUAAGAAGGUCGGGAAGGUAUACUCCGCCCUCUACCAUGCAUCCUGUGUUUGGAGUGUGGAGGUCUACCCGGAAGUGGAGGACAGUAAUCGCGCGUGCCUCCCCCCAGGCUCCUUCAUUACCUGCUCAUCCGACAAUACCCUCCGACUCUGGAACACCGAGGGCUCCAGCACCCAUGGGAGCUCACUGCAUCGUAACAUGAUCAGCAGCGAUUUGCUGAAGGUUCUCUACAUGGACUCCAACACGUCGACACUGCUGGAUGUGGAGAACAAUUCAGCGGGAGGCUCCGACAAACCGGAUGGCCAGGCCGCCGAGAUGAAGACCGGAAUUCGAACGCUGUGUGUGAGCCCCGAUGGACAGCAUAUGGCCUCUGGAGACCGGGCUGGAACUCUGAGGGUCCAUGAUCUCCAGCUACUGAGAGAGCUCCUUCAAGUGGAGGCCCAUGAUUCAGAGAUCCUGUGUCUCGAAUACUCCAAACCAGAGACUGGCACUUUGUCAGUGGGGCUGUUGAAGUUGUUGAGGAUAUUUAACAUCAGCAAUGGGAAACAGAAGAAACUGUAUAAAGGAUCUCAGGGGGAAGAUGGGACCCUUAUCAAGGUACAAAUCGAUCCCUCCGGCCUCUUCAUUGCAACCAGCUGCUCUGAUAAGAACCUCUCCAUCUUUGACUUCUACACGGGCGAGUGUGUUGCCACAAUGUUUGGCCAUUCUGAGGUGGUGACAGGAAUGAAAUUCACCAACGACUGUAAACAUCUCAUCUCUGUGUCGGGAGACAGCUGUAUAUUCAUCUGGAGGCUGAGCUCGGAGCUGACAAUUAACAUGAGGCAGAGGCUGGCAGAGAUCAAGCAGAAGGAGAAGAAGCAAAUGAAGACACCUCCGCAAAAGCAUUCCAGCCCAAACAGGCGGGAAACAUUCGAUGUGGCUGCACAGACAGCUAUGUCCUCUGACAGUGAGAAGGAAGCGGAGGAUGAUGGAAAUGAGGAGGACGAAGGACACUGCGAGGGCUCUGCACGCAUCACACCAAAGCGAGGCAUGACCGCGAAUGUGGCGAAUGAUAUCCCCACAAGGAUACAGUAUACCGGGAGCAUGAAGAGUCUGUACCAUUGGGAGAAUAGUAAGGCAGAGGACGUGGCGAUCAGGUUGGACUCGAUGCACAAUCAUGUCCCUCGUCCCAGGGGCCGCUGGUCCCGUCACGCCAACAACCUGGAGCUGAGUGUGAAGUCGAUGCUGGACCUCCGAAACCUGGACUCCUUCUCCUUCUCCCCGCUGACGGACUCCGCACCCAGGGCUGGAACGGCGCUGUCCGGGAGCAGGGUUUCCGAGGAAGCUAGUGACCACGAACGCCGUGUCCGGAUCAGCAUCGAGACCCUCCUGAGCGACAUAGAGGAGCAAGAGUCGACAGAUGCGCACAAUUUCGUCAGGCCCUGCAGCAUUGCAAUCCCCACAUGUGAGGAGGGCAUAUUCAGUCAGGAGCUGGAGACGCCGGAGGUUGAAGAGCGUACCAUCUACCCAGUGCACACGGGGAGCACUGGUGAGACGGAGGGUGAGUACCAGGUGAAGGAGCUGCAGCACGGCACCCAGGAAAAGCCUUACCGCAGCCACGGCGUCCUGGAGAAGCACAGUCCCGACAGCGCCUGCUCUGUGGAUUAUUCCAGCAGCCACUUCUCCAGCCCCGAACAUCCACACGAAGACUCGGAGUGUACAGAGCCGCUGAGUGUGGAUGGAAUCUCCUCGGACAUGGAGGAAGAAGAGGAGGAGCUGAGCAGGAGCUUCCCACGUGACACCACGGUGCCGAGGACACCAGACCAGGAGCAAUUCCUGAAGCAACAUUUCGGGACCCUGGCCGAUGAGAGUAUUGGAGUGAAAUCCGACCGCCGACUGGACUACCCGAAGCCUUUGUUUGCAAAAGAGACUGAAGAGCUGCUGAACCCUCGACUCAGUAUUUCAGCGAGAUUCCUGUCUCAAUCGCUGGCAUCCAGCUUCAGGAAAUCUCCAGAUAUUAGUUCCAAGGCCAUCCAGCAGAGUGAGCCCAGAUCCAACCAAGUUACAUUCCCCGGCUCAAACUUAGGACAACAAGGAGGAGAGGUCUUCAAAGUGAAGACUGAAGACAAGAGAGAACUUCAGAAGCAAGAAGAUUUGAAAAAUGACAGGAAUGAUGAUCAGAAACCAGCAGAUGAUCUCGCACCAAACUUCAGUUCAGCGUUGCAUUCCGUCCCCGGGAGAACUCCGGUGAAAGCCCCGUUUCGAACAGAGUCCGGUGCUGUUCCUGACAAGUCGGUAUCUGUCCGAGCGAUGUACGGCCAGAGGAAGCGGAACCUGGCUCUGGAAACCCGGAAGGUGUUCAUUGGGGGAUCAGUGAAGGUGCAGUCGGUGUCUGCACACCCAAGUCCAGCCGUGUCACCGAGUGCGACCAUGAGAAAAUCCCAAUCUGUCCACGACCUCAUUCAUGAAGUUUACCCAAUGGAUACGGCAUCUAAUGUAACCUCAUCCGAGAAGCUGCACUCUCACCCAUUGACUAUAACUGAAAAAGAUUCCAGGGUCAACCAACGGCGAACUUUGCCCUUAGUCCCCAGUAAAGUGGAUGGCCCAGUAUUGUCGCUGGCGAAGGAUAGCCCUCAGGGAAAGAGCAUCAAACAAAAAUCCUACAUGAACCCAACCACCAGUUCGAUGGCCAAAAUGUCACGCAGCGUUUCAAUGGGGGACAGCCUGAACUUCACUGAGAGUGGCGAGGAUCAGUCAAUCACUGAAAAGUGUGUGAGUGGGCAGUGUUUGGAAAUGUCACCCAGGACUUCACCUGUGGUGACUGUGGAUGUCGUGAACGAAAUCUCUCACAAGCAGGAUAUGACCAAACAGAACUGGAAGGAGACCGCCAGCUCCAAGCCAGUCUUGCAGCCAUCAGCAGGUUUGACAGUUUCUUCUGCCAAUAGCUCUCAGGCUAAAUUGAGCCUCGGCACUCGGGCGAACCUGUUCCUCGAUCUUCCCAAGCCACUGCCGGACAGACCCUCAUUGACUUCCUUCUCGCCUUCGGUCAAGGUGAAGUCUUGCUGUGAGACUGAACCCUUCAAGUCGCCUGUUUCAGCCAAUGGAGGAACAAAAUGGAGGCAUUCCUGUGGCGAUGGCCACAGGGACAGCCAAGAGAAAAAGGGCGAUACUGUUUCCAUGCUCAGAGAGGAGACCCCUGCUCUACUGGAACACCAGACACAAGGACAGUGCCACCAGGAAUCACAGAUAGGGACGGCUCUUCUAUCUCCUUGUCAGCAAGUGUCUUCUGCCUGGCCUCGUGCUAACUCUGAGUUCAGAGGUACCAGACUUGUUACCGAAGCCUUGGACUAUUUACCCAACAUUCCAGUAUCAAAUGUCCAAACGGUAACUGUUUCUACACCAGCAACACUUCCUUCUGUCUUUCCCAAGACUACGGCGAAGGGACCAGGUCCUUCUGUCAGUGUUCAGAGCUGUAAACUCCUGGCAAGGGAGCUGCAGAGCUGCUUCGAGAGAGCCCUGACUCUUUACCGGACAGUCGCUGAUAACAAGGUCUCGUCAGACGAGAACAACCAAAUGACUGCCAUUCUCUCAGAGACAUUUUCUUUUGUAAGGAAAGAAUUGGACUGUCUCCAACAUCCAGGACGACAGCCUGGCUCACCCCCCCAGGGGCCAGGCCAGGCGGCCUGUGCCUCUUGCCCGGUGGGUAGCCCCCCAGCGAAGGGCGACUCCUUAGAGGAUGAAAAGACCCUGGCCUUACUUGAGCAGUAUUCCGAACGUUUACUCCAGGCUGUGGAGCGAAGGAUGGAUCAUAAGCAGCCUGGAGGAAAGGGCAGUGCGGGACUGUGAAUAUUAUGACGCCCAAUGUAAUCGUGGGGCUUGCACACUCACCUACUGCCCCCCUGCACUGAGAACCAUUUUAAAAAGAAACCCAUUCUUCUCACUGGGCCGGGAGAAAUGAAAAUCGUACAACACUAUCGAGUUGACCUCAACUCACCUCAUAUUUAACCUGGGAUGGGUUAAGUUUGAUUGUGUAAUUGACUGUGAGAUACCUUUGUUAACCCCGAAUUUUCCUCCGCCUGUAAUUGAAGGCUGUAAGGUCAAGUCAAAGGGGAUCAUGCCAUUUUACUGUUCAGGGUGGCCACCUCCGCUUCUGAAGUGGUCAGUGGAAGCGUCGUCUGUUGAACCUGGAGAGCGACAGGCAGGGAUAUUGGCUGGGCAGCGUGGGAGUGCUGGUGAACCACGGGACGGGAACGUGGAGCGGAGCGGUGGGGUGCACAAGCUCCUCGGGACGACAGACGUACGGCGGAAACAAACGUGUCAUUUCUUUGGCCCGGUAGAUGGUACUGCAGGAAGGUAGAAGCCAUGUCGCCGCCAUUCAGGGUUCGCCUCCCAAACCUUGUUGUAGGGUCCUCUCACUCAGUACCUUGUGUCCUCUAUAUUUCCUCUUACUCUUUGGCUCCCUGUCACUUCCCUUCUCCAACCGGAUGUGGCGCGGGCUCCUCCAGUUAGGGUCUGAAUCUGUCCGGUACAGUGACCAUGAGCUGUUUCUGAAACUAAACCCCUGCAAUGGAGCAAUACAGAUAGUGACAUUUUUGGAACUGAGCCUUAGGGACAAAGGGUUGAAAUGCUGUCGGUCCCUUUAAGGGAGUGAAGGUGGUGUUACAGCCCACUUUGCACUAUGCAUAUCCAUCACAAUGUGCGAUACUGUGUGCGUUCCCCAUUGAUUGGACCACAAAUUCCUCCAUUUUCCUCUGUUUGGGAAACUGGAGGGAGAUAACAUUUAGGAAUAUUGUCUUACAAAACAAAAUGUGUUUACUUUGAGGAGAGUGUGAGGGUGGGGAAGAUACAGCUAUGACAAAUGAGAAACGAUGUCCUCCCACUGAGUAAGGAGCUGCGGAGCCCCUUUUUGCUGUUUGUCCUGUAUGAGUGAACAGUCCUCUCCCCCUCGAUGGAUCCCCACUGCCUGCCCCCAACAUGCUCCACCUCAGUCAGAACGCCCUCCUCAGAAAUGCUCAACCUUUCCCUCAGACUCUCCCUCAGCCAUUCCCCCACCCCACCCUCAUUCUGAUUCACCUUUCUUCUUUAUUCCCUCAUCAGUUCUGGCCAUCCCUAAUUGCCCAGGGGGCAGUUAAGAGUCAACCGCAUUGCUGUGGGCCUGGAGUCACACAUAGGCCAGACUAGGUAAGGACGACAGAUUUCCUUCCCUGAAGGGCAUUAGUGAACCAGAUGGUUUUUAUUCCCUCCUGACAAUCAGAAGUGAUUUUGUGAUCAUCAUUAGACUCUUAUUCCCAGACUUCUAUUGAAUUCACAUUCCACCAUCUGCCAUGGCAGGAAUCAGAUCCGGGUCCCCAGAUAUCACCCCAGUCUCUGGAUUGAUAGUCUAGUGAUAAUAGCACUAGGCCUUCACCUACCUUCACAGAUAUACGUUUCUGUACAGGACAAGAAAGUUGAGCAGUGUGAGGCAGAAGGGAGGUUUAAUGCCACAUUGGAUAAAGCAGCAGAAUGGAAACCCAUUGGUGUUGUGUCGUGGUGGACGUGUGUUGGCUUCCUGGAAUAAGGUCACUGCAAACCCCGUAACACUGUUUGAAUCAGUUCUUUCAGGGUGGAUGUAAUUGUUAAGCCAGUGCUGACUGCCAAACGCAGACUGUAUUCAAGACAACAUUCAUUCAGCUGGUUCCAUAUGUCAAUGAAACCACACCCAAGGAAAGUCAGAACCCCCCACAUGUUGUGAGAAUUCUCCAGUGUCUGAGUUGACAUUCCAAACUUUGUACAAUAACACUGGACGGGAAUUUACACACGCACACGCGCACACACACACUGGACAGGAACUCUAUCUCUCACACACACAC